CUGUCCUGGUAGAUUGGAAGAUUUCCGUAGAAUAAUCACGUGAUACUCUGAGUCCUUUAGGCCAGAACGUCCGUCGUCGACUGGUUUCUCUCACUCUCAGAUUGGGGAAACGCAAGGACAGAAUGGUGGAAAGCAGUGACAUACAAAGGUGAACUCAACGUCAAGAGUGAAGCGAGGGAUUGGUUUUGCGUGGAAUCUUUAUUUUCCCGAAACCCUACACUGGACAUGAGUUAUCAAACCGGAGGCGAAACAGCCAUUCUCUUUCAAAACGAGGAUCGGACAGUCUUCCUGCUUGAUAUCCCCCUUUCGAUUGGUUUAGCUCAAGGCAUCUCUGCAGAGAGACAGCUCGUCUCAUGUCCGCCACUGCAGUCGCCUUAUCCAUCCACAGAGCCCAAGAAAGAAGCUGCCCGUCUCCGGGUUCUGGAGCGGAUCCCCCAAAGCGAGCGGGCGUACCAUCUGGACGUGAUUGCUCCUCUGGUCCGAGGUGGACUGGAGACCAUUCGAAACGGGUACGGAGUUGGGUCUCGAGACUGGUGCAGAGGCCGGUACGUUCGAGACGACAAUGCUGCGACAACGGGUCAAGAUCAGCACUGCAUACUGAAGAAGGGGAAGAAGAAACGAGAGUGCCCGCACGACGAUGCAGAGGAAGAGGGGCACCACGAAGCGUCUGCUACAGCUACAACUGGACCCCCGGUGAUCCUCUCGUCGACGUGUGUGAAUCGAUUCGAAUCAUUACGAGAAUUAGAAAACGUCCUGGUGCAAAAUCCUGCCUGGGAGCCGGCAGUUCUCGAACUGCAAGGAUCGCAGGAAACAACCAUCCAUGUGCCGCCAGGGUCAAGCUUCAUGCUUUGCACGCUUCCCCUUUCACCAUCACCUCGGCCGGACCCUGACCCUAUCCUGCAUCUAUCUCCCGGCCGCAAGUUCGAUCUUCUCCUCCUAGACCCGCCGUGGGCAAACCGUUCGGUCCGACGCAGUGGCCAUUACGAAACGCAGUCCUACACCGAUUUCGACUGUCUGGCGCGAUACAUGAGCGAGAUUCUUCAAAUGCAUCUACGAUCAGCUCCAGAGUCCCUGGCGGCCAUCUGGGUGACGAACAGCGAGAAAUCGCGCCGCGCCGCCUACGACGCGAUGGAACGGGCAGGCCUCUCCAUCUGCGAGGAAUGGAUAUGGGUCAAGACCACCGUACGCGGGGGGCCGAUCUCUGCGAUCGACGGGCUAUGGCGCAAACCAUAUGAGAUUCUCGUCAUCGGGCGGAAAAUAACUUCCGGGAUUGGUAUCUCCUUUCCAGCAGUCUCGCGCAGAAUCAUCGCUGCUGUCCCCGAUGUACAUUCGCGCAAGCCGAAUUUAAAACAGCUGUUUGAAACCCUGCUUCUGCCUUCCCACCAGUACUCGGCAAUGGAGGUGUUUGCCAGGAACCUCACGGUAGGAUGGCUGGCGUGUGGGAAUGAAGCGGUCAAGUUCAAUUGCAGCGAGUGGUGGAGAGGGUGAUCGGGCACGUACAGAGCACAGAAUCACUAGGCACGUAGUCGAAUUGAAAACAAUCCUGGUUCAAUGAUUUCUAAUGAGCGAUCUGGGCUGUACGUAAUCUGGUAGAUCGAUAAUCAAUCCUCGCAGU